AUGACCAGCACCAACAUGGCCCACCGGAGCCAGACUAGGGUCCUAAGAGCUUGCGACUCGUGUACAUACUCCAAACAAAGAUGCGAUGGCCAGCGACCGUGCCACGUCACAUUAAGCCGGCGAUGUGCAGAACGCAAAGAGGAAUGCCAUUAUACCAAGGCUGUUCGAAAGCGCGGUCGUCGACCAAGGACAGAUCCUGGCCGCGACAUUCAACGCGAUGACCAGAUCUUUGAAAACAGAUCGCCGCAGAAUCAGUCAAGGAGUCCUGGAGACACUGUGAUGUCAAGUAGCACCUCAAAUCAAGAUGCUCCUUCGGUUAUUUCGUCUUUGGAGCAUCGGUCGUAUGGGCUAGAUGCAAAUGCAAAUGACCCAGGGCCGAUGACAAGUCCCUCUGGCGCAGAGAAGUUUGCAACCAACAAUCAACCGUUUUCUGCGCAGAAAGAUCCCUUGGGUGGGCUGUUCCAGACUUCUUUGAGCAGUGUACGAAUGGAGACAAGCUCAGCAAUAUCGCCCCCUCGGAUAUCUCUUGAUCAUCGAGGGUCAUUGUCAGGUCUUCAUCAGAGUGUCUUUGACGAUGUCCCUGGGUCAAUGUCAGAACACGUUUCGAUGAGAUCACCCUACCGCUGCCUCGAGUCAAUCCUUCCACACUUGAAUGGACUCCUUUCUGCAGAGGAGGCAUCGGAGAUGCUCGAGAUUUACUUCAAUGAGAAGCAUAACUCCUUGUUCAAAUCAACAUCUCCCUACAUGCUUGCUCACGUCUUGCAUCCAUCAUCCGUUCUUCAUCCCACCGACCCUCGCCCAACAUCAUCGGCUCUUCUUGCAGUCAUUCUGUUUUGCGUCGCGCAGACUGCCGACAUGAAGAUAUUUGACACACCGGGAGCGCGAGAACGCAUGAGCGUGGAUCUCUAUCGUCUGUCAUUAGACCUGCUUCAAUCUGAAGAUCCAGAUAACUAUUUCCGUACAUCUGGUAACGGCGGCACACCAAGUAAUUCACACUCGGCUCCAGAUCGACAGCCGAGUGGCAAGGCCUUAUUACCACGACAACUAGGCUCAACCGACACAAUUCUAGCCGUUGCUAUCCUGACAAUAGUGAUAUCGGGCGGGCACUAUAAAGCUGACUCGCUAAAAUGGCGCGACAAGUUAAUCCGGCUGGUUCGAGCCAGUGGUCUCAGCAUGGAAGAUCAAGAUAUUGACCUCGGCCCCGUCUUCUGCGGGCUAUACAACGGUGACGCUACCUUUCGAAGAUGGAUGGUUGCAAAGGAAGAGCGCAGGCGUCUUUUUUGGCUGGUCUACUGUUUGGACAGACACUUGGCUCUUUCAUUUAAUAUGCGACUGAGUAUUGCGGAAGGCACUUUCUGCGUGCGAACGCCCUUGCCGGAGAAGCUUUGGCAGUCUCUUGACACAGCGGAUCUGAAUUGUAUUCCGGCAUGCUCACUGGGUCCUCCAACUCAGAUCUCCGGCGCGGGAUUCUUCGAGUAUUUCCUCCCUUUGGCACGAGUUCUGGGCCAUAUCAUCGACUUGCACCACGUCCGGGCUCAUCCUACACUCGGGCAGUACAUUCCUCUUGAAGCUGUUCACCGUAUAGAAGCGAUGAUUUCUCAGCGAGAGCAGGAGCUUGUUGAUUUGGACAACCAAACCGAUUCAUAUCUCACAAACGACAGCGCACUUCACCCCUUCCCUCGACAAUCCAAUGGCGGGCCACCCCAGGGCGUGGAUCCAUUUGGAUCACCCACUGCAGGGACAUCAAAGGAUCCGAAGCUCCAACUGGUAAAGAUCUACAGUACCUAUCUACUGCACGUCUUCUACAUCCUGUUACACGGGAAAUGGGAUCCCAUCUCAAUGAUCGAAGACAGAGACGAUUGGAUUACCUCGGAAAGCUUUCUAACCUGUGCCUCACACGCGUUGAGUGCAUCCGGGGUAGUUUCGCAAAUUUUAACCAUUGACCCGGAAAUGACCUUUAUGCCUUACCUUUUCGGCAUCUACCUUCUCCAGGGAAGUUUCAUUCUCCUUCUCUUUGUAGACCGUAUGCCGGAACUUGGCCCAAAUCGAUCUGUGGAAGAGGUGUGUGAAACGAUCAUCAGAGCCCACGAGGUCAGCGUGGUUACUCUCGAUACCACUUUCCAAAAAAACUUCCGCAAGGUAUUCAGGUCCAUGUUAUAUGACGCCCAGCAGGCUGGGCCUCACUCCUGGGACGAGCAUAAAGCCCGGCGCAGAGAGUUACUCUCUCUAUAUCGCUGGACACCCCUGGCUCAAGGUCUUGCCUAUUGA